AUGCCGCGUGGCGCCAGAGCGGACGCGGGUGCCCACGCCCUCCACCCGCCAAACCCGCUCUGCCCAAGGAGCCGGCUCACGAGACCCCGGACCCAGGCCGCGGGUGGGGGCCGCCCUCAGUCGUCGGGCUGGAGCCUCGUUUGGAAGGAGGCCUGGAGCCUGCCGGGCGUCCCGCAAGUGCGGCCAAUCCACCCGCUGCACGGGGCACAGGGCCCGGGGCGCACGGCGUGGAGACACGGGCUCCUGGGGACACGCUGGACGCCGCGCAAACGCCCCGGCCCCGCCGCGCCGCCCGCCGCACCCGCAGCCCGAACUCACCCGCGCCCCAAACUCGCCCCGAGCACUGUCCGCCGCGCCCGCCUCGCCCCCAAACUCCGAGAAGACCCCGUUCCCCGCCGCAGGCCUUCCUUCCCCAGCCCCUGGAGGGGAGCGCUCGACAAGCGGCGCACGGGGAGCCUCUCCUCUCCUUUCCUUCCCGUGGGUCCCGAGGAAACCGAGCCGUCACUGCGAACGCGGCCCGCGGGGUCCCGGGGACGCCGCGGAGCCGGACAAAUCCCAGCUCCCCUCAGCGCGAGAAGCAAAGUCCCGCGGCCUGAACGCACGUGCGCUGCGCGGGUCCACAAUGAGAGCCCAGGCUCUGCCUGCGGGCCACGGGGGGCGGUACGGGAGGAGCGGCCACAGAUCAGAGGAGGUGGCGCCGCCUCGUGGCUAAAAUGA